AUGAAGAGAUUCACGGUUUGCUGCUUUUCAAGCCGAAUCCACGAGAGCAGAAAUCGAAAUCUAGACAAGAAACUAAGAGAAAGCAUGGAGAUUUCAAGAACCGACAAUGCAGAGCCUGACAAACAGAACGACGACAAUGUGGCAUCAAUUAUCGGUUCUGUUCACACCAAUAUAAUUGUGAAUCAUGAUUUCUCUUCGGGGAUGCAUUCCUGGCAUCCGAAUUGCUGCGAGGCUUUUGUUGUCACCGCAGAGUCCGGUGUCUCUCACGGUGUUUUAGACCCUUCAAAGUGCGGUAGCUACGUAGUUGUCUCAAACCGGAAAGAAACUUGGCAAGGCUUGGAGCAAGACAUUACAAGCAGAGUGAAACCUUGUUGUCUUUAUAAAGUUUCUGCAACUGCUGCUGUUUCUGGGCCUGUUCAAGGAUUGGUAGAGAUUAUGGCCACCUUGAAGCUCGAAAAUGGACAAUCGCCAACAAACUAUCAGUUCAUUGCAAAAACUUGUGUAUUCAAGGAGAAGUGGGUGAGACUAGAAGGCAUGUUUUCGCUACCGAGUUUACCAGAACGAGUCAUUUUCUAUUUGGAAGGUCCGUCACUGGGGAUCGAUCUUCUCAUACAGUCUGCUACCAUUCGUUGUGAAAGCGAAACAGAGAUGGAACGAGAAGAGCGUGUUACCACGGAAGAAGAGAACAUCGUAGUGAACCCGAACUUUGAGGAUGGACUAAAUAACUGGACUGGAAGAGGCUGCAAGGUUGUGUUGCAUGACUCCAUGGCUGAUGGAAAGAUAGUACCAGAAUCCGGGAAAGGUUUCGCUUCAGCGACAGAACGCACGCAGUACUGGCACGGUAUUCAGCAAGAGAUCACUGGGAAAAUUCAGAGAAAACGCGUCUAUGAGGCAACUGCAGUUGUUCGUAUAUACGGAAACAAUGUGACAAGUGCUACUGUACAAGCUACUCUAUGGGUCCAGAAUCCAAAUCAACGGGAUCAGUACAUUGGCAUUGCCAAUGUGCAGGCAACAGACAAGGAGUGGAUACAUAUUAAAGGGAAGUUCCUCCUCAAUGGUUCUGCAUCACGGGUAGUCAUUUACAUCGAAGGUCCCCCUCCAGGAACCGAUAUUCUCCUCAACAGCUUAAUUGUAAAACACGCCGAGAAAAUUCCUCCUUCGCCCGUCCCGCCUAUUGAGAAUCCUGCAUUUGGGGUAAACAUACUCACAAAUAGCCACUUAAGUGAUGAAACGACCAAUGGCUGGUUUUCAUUAGGCAAUUGCACGCUAAGCGUUGCAAAUGGCUCACCACGAAUCCUCCCACCGAUGGGAAGGGAAUCGCUUGGACCACACGAGCCUCUAAGUGGACGCUAUAUACUUGUGACUAACCGAACACAAACAUGGAUGGGCCCAGCUCAAUUGAUCACAGAUAAACUUAAGCUGUUCUUGACAUACCAAAUAUCAGUUUGGGUCAAAGUCGGUUCCGGCUUUAAUAGUCCUCAAAAUGUUAAUGUGGCACUUGGUAUCGAUAGCCAAUGGGUAAACGGAGGACAAGUAGAGGUCAACGAUAAUAAAUGGCAUGAAAUUGGCGGUUCGUUUCGAAUAGAGAAGCAGCCAUCUAAGGCUUUGGUUUAUGUUCAGGGCCCUUCUUCUGGCAUUGAUCUCAUGGUAGCUGGCUUGCAGAUUUUCCCAGUCGAUCGACUCGCAAGGAUCAAACAUCUGAGAAGACAAUGUGACAAGAUCCGCAAGCGCGAUGUUAUCCUCAAAUUCUCCGGUGUUGAUUCUACCAAAUUGUCUGGAGCUGCAGUUAGAGUGAGACAGAUAAGGAACAGCUUCCCGGUGGGAACUUGCAUCAGCAGAUCAAAUAUAGAUAACGAAGAUUUCGUCGAUUUCUUCUUGAAAAACUUCAAUUGGGCAGUUUUCGCUAAUGAACUGAAAUGGUACUGGACAGAACCCGAAAAAGGGAAGCUUAAUUACCAAGAUGCGGACGAUAUGCUCAAUUUGUGCAGUAGCAACAACAUAGAAACCAGAGGACAUUGUAUCUUCUGGGAAGUCCAAGCAACUGUUCAACAAUGGCUCCAAAACAUGAACCAAACGGACUUAAACACUGCGGUCCAAAACCGCCUAACCGAUCUUCUGAACCGGUACAAAGGGAAAUUCAAACAUUAUGACGUGAACAACGAGAUGUUACACGGAUCAUUCUACCAAGACAAGCUAGGGAAAGACAUAAGAGUCAACAUGUUCAAGACCGCGCACCAACUAGACCCAUCCGCGACAUUGUUCGUGAACGAUUACCACAUAGAAGACGGGUGUGACCCGAGAUCCUGCCCCGACAAGUACAUCGAACAAAUUCUUGACUUACAAGAAAAGGGUGCACCAGUUGGAGGAAUUGGGAUUCAGGGCCAUAUCGAUAGUCCGGUAGGUCCAAUUGUAUGUUCAGCUCUAGACAGACUAGGGAUUCUCGGUUUACCAAUAUGGUUCACGGAAUUAGAUGUCUCGUCGAUAAAUGAGCACAUAAGAGGAGAUGAUUUAGAAGUAAUGAUGUGGGAAGCUUUCGGACAUCCCGCGGUUGAAGGUAUAAUGCUAUGGGGAUUUUGGGAGUUAUUCAUGAGCAGAGACAACUCUCAUUUGGUGAAUGCAGAAGGAGAUAUUAAUGAAGCUGGUAAAAGGCUUUUGGCUGUGAAAAAGGAUUGGCUCUCUCAUGCUAAUGGACAUAUUGAUCAAAACGGUGCGUUUCCGUUUAGAGGGUACCAUGGAAAUUAUGCUGUUGAAGUGAUAACUAGUUCGUCUCAGAAGGUUCUUAAAACGUUUGUUGUUGAAAAGGGAGACUCGUGUCAAGCUAUUACUGUGGAUCUUCAAGGUUUGUAA